AAGUCUUUGCUGUCAUUUUUCAGGCUGUGAAUUGGACUGUGGCAGUACCCACAACAGUGACCCACUCCACCAUGAGUAACUACAGCGUGUCCUUGAUCGGACCUUCACCCUGGGGCUUCAGACUACAGGGUGGCAAGGACUUCAGCAUGCCUCUCACCAUCUCCAGACUGACAGAAGGAGGAAAGGCAGCAAAAGCCAAGAUCAGCGUCGGGGACGUCGUGCUGUCUAUCGACGGCAUCGCCACAGAGGGAAUGACACACCUGGAAGCCCAGAAUAAAAUCAAAGCCUGUACGGGAAACCUGAACCUCUCAGUGCUGAGGUAAAGCGCGCGCACACACACACACACACACACACACACACACACACACACAAUC